UGACCGUAAGGAUUGCAUUGAAAGGUUCGGAAGCAACACGAAGCGAAGCAAAAAGAAAUAGAAUCUUGCAAGAAGCGCGGCGAAGACUCGUGGAUGCUGCCGGCCGUAGAGAAGUCCUUGCUAAGCCAGAACGAGAAACUUUCCAAGAAGAAGAAGAGCAAAAAGGAGAAGAAAUAUAAAAAAGCCAAGAAGCAAAAGAAGUACGAGAAGCGUUCAUCCAGCUCAUCGGACAGUAGCAGCGAGACCGAGUGGGUCGAGAAGCCCGCCGCCCCCGCCGCCCCCACCACGUCUGCACCACCAACCCUGCAGACGGCGGCGGGGCGGGAGGACUGGAUGCAGAUGCCUUCAUUGUUCGGAACGUUCACGAGAGACGAGCUGCGGCAGCGCGAGGGCAGCAGGGCGCUGGCCAGGCAACAGGAGAAGAACAAGCCUCCUGAUAAGCCGGGCUCCCACGCCCUGGAGCUGAACCCCUACUUUAGGGAGGGGGGGAGCGGUCUUCCCCAGGACGCCCCCAGCGGUGGGGAGGAUGGGACACUGGGGCGCAGGGCCCCAAAGUUGGGAUUUGGGGCCUCGGUGGCGUGGCUGAAGAAGGCCUUCCAGCGGGCCACGGAAGAGGCCCGGGAGGCGGGCCUGUCCAUCGAGGAGGUCGCGGAGAAACGCUGGGGGUCUCUGGCGAAUGUUCCUCGUCACAUGCAGCGGCCUGCGGAGGCUGAUGACUUCGUCGCCAGACGUGGCGGCAAAGACAGAAGGCAUGCAGACACAAGACGAAGAAGUCGGUCCCCCGAUGUUUCCCCCGCCACUCGCCGGUCCCCCGUAACCCGCGGGUCCCCCACUUCCAUAAGCCGAAGUCCUGAAAGACGUUACGGCAAGUCCCGACGUGGUGAACGCAGCCCCAGAAGACGACGCUCGUCAUCUUCUUCGUCGUCGUCUUCAGAAGACCAUAGACGAAGUCGCAGACGUGAUCAAAAACUGCAGACAUCAUCGUCGGAUGAUGAGAGACGAGAGAGACGAGGGCAAAGUGAGAGACGAGGGCGAGACGAGGCGAGUUUGUCGUCACGUUCAAAUGACCGCAGACUUCUGAAGCCUGGCGAGGGUCGGAGCGACGAAGGACGUGACGUGCGCGGCAGCGACCGCGCGGUGUGGGAACCUGCGCGCCUGCUGCCCAGCAGCGCUGCCCCCCCCGGCGGCGGCUGGAGGAAGAGACCCCGCCACCCCGACACCUGUGGUGGUGGUGGGCAACCACACAUACUGCAGUCAGAAGAGCCACGUUCUGAUGAAAAAUCUCACGCCCGAGACACCGCCUCGCCAGCACCAGUUAAGGACAGUAGUCAUAGUGUUCCCGAUCCCGCUCCCAAUCCUGCCGAUCCCGAUCCCGCUAAUCCAAACCCCGACCACGACCCCAAACCCAAGAGGGUCUACACCGAUCACGAGCUCAACCAGAUCGGGGCUAAGAUCGUGAAGGCUGAACUGUUGGGCAACCUCGCGCUGGCUGAGAAGCUCAAGAAGAAGUUGGAGAGAGCGAAGCAAGAGACGCUGGAGGCGUUAGCGGCGGGUGGUGGCGGUGGCGGUACGAGCGGCGGCACCACGCUGGAGACGGUGUUGCUCACCACCACCAACGCCAGAGGAUUCACGCGACCAGUCUCCUCCGUGGAGCAAGAUUCGUCGCCUGGCAAGACCAAGUCCCGCAAGAAGACCAAAGUCUCGGGGACGGGAGUGGACGGCAGCCGUGACAAAUACUUCCCUGACGACCACAAGUUUAGCCUGCAGCAGAUGUUUGAGAAGGAGAAGCAGGGAACCACGGAGGACUCGGACGCCAUGUUCGUCCGAGCCGCCGGCAGGGCGCAGAAGGCUUCGCUUGACGACGACUACACGCUUGAUGAUUCCUUCGUCGACACGUCGGCNUGCGGGAGGACAGGGCCGGGCAGGAUUCCCAGGAUGAGAGCGAUUAUGGAGCACCAGCGACGCGAGAAAGCCCUGGCGUCGUGCAGCCUUUGCUGCGACGGCGCCAACAUGAAGAAACAUUUGCUGGUGUCGCUGGGCAGUAAAAGCUACGUGAGCCUCCCCGCCCACGAGAGCCUCGUGGACGGCCACUGCUUGAUCGUCCCACGUGAUCACGUCUCCACGUCCACCCUCCUCGACGAGGACGUGUGGCUUGAGAUGAUGGAGUACCGCAAGUCGCUGGUGCGCUACUUCAGCAGCGUGCAGCAGGACGUCGUGUUCCUCGAGUGCUGCAUGAGGCUGCGGGCACAGCCCCACACGGCGGUACACUGCAUACCUCUGCCCCGAGACCUGGGGGACCUCGCGCCUAUUUAUUUCAAGGAGUACCGCAAGUCGCUGGUGCGCUACUUCAGCAGCGUGCAGCAGGACGUCGUGUUCCUCGAGUGCUGCAUGAGGCUGCGGGCACAGCCCCACACGGCGGUACACUGCAUACCCCUGCCCCGAGACCUGGGGGACCUCGCGCCUAUUUAUUUCAAGCUGGUACAUAUUCAUUCCUUCAUUGUAUGUAUGCAGUCAGUGGUGGGCGGUAUGCUGGACGUGGAGGCGCGUCUGUGGAGGAAGCCAAAGCUCGAGACGUUCGACCAGCAGCGUCGUAAAGUGAUCGCCUUCGCCAAACAUUACGAACAAUACGAUCCUGUUCAAGAUAAAUGAUUAAGUGGAGAUUAUUAAGUAUAAUAUUAUGUAAUAUUUUGUAUAUUAUUCGUCUAAUGUUCUGGAGAGUAAAAGAGGAUAGCGUAUAAUUGGCUGAGGGGGAAUUACAUGUUGUACAUUGGCCAAGAUCAUUGUACUGCAAGUCGCUGUUGAUCAAAUAGGAUUGAAAUGAAGAAUUUGUUGAAAUUUGACUUUGAAUUCAAAACCCGAAGAAAGUCUCUUUCCUAUGUUUUUAUGAUGUUUUUCUCUAUAUAUUAAUUAUCAUUGAGUCAUUAUAUUUGAUCUUCAUACUCUAGCUCCUUCGGACUACCUAGUUAAGUUACAUAAAAAAUAUAUAUCUAUCAACCUAGGUAAAGCUUUCCUCCAAUCAUUGGGAACUUGUACCACGACGAUUGAAAAAUGGUUCUCUUACAAUUAGAUGUAACUUUUGAAAAAUUUGUUCUCUAACGAUUGGAUGUAACUUGUGACAAUUUGUUCUCUAACGAUUGGAUAAUUGUUCUUUCAUGAAAGUUCCGGCCUAUUGCUCACCAGCGUAGGCCUAAAUCCUGGCCUUGCGACAUAUCUUGUCAUAAACUUGAGGGAAAGCCGUGGUCGUGUCACGAUAUUUCUCACGGAGUUUGUCGUACAAACUGUGGUCGAACAUCGCACGGAACUCUUCCCUCGUCAUGUACGAGUCCGCGUACAGCAU